AGAAAAAAAAAACAUCACUUCACUGCUGACUUUCGCUAAAAAGGCAGUCACCUUUUCGCCAAGCGCUCUCAUACACAUUCAAGUAUAUAUUGAUAUAAGGUAGGUUAUUCAAUUGGAAGAACUUCACAAUGCCGGGUCGCCACGGAAAGCAGCGCGUGAAGCGCAAGAAGUCGAAACGGCUCCCCGUGACGGAGAUGGAAAAGACGCUGAAAGAUAGCAUUCACGGUCGCAAGCGAAAGGAGAAGAGCAUUCUCAAGAACCUCAUUCCUCCUCAAAUCACGCCGAAGAUGAACAAGGUGGCUGUGUCGACGUCACUACCGAUGUUUCAACCCCCGAAACCGAAGAAGAAAGCGUGA